AUGGCGCAGUGCGUGCGUCGGCUGGUGCUGGCGGCGACGCUCGCCGCUGCGGUGGCGCUGCUGCUGUGCACGAGCAGUGCGCCGGUGGCGCGUGCUGCUGGGACGGGCGACUUCACUGAGGAGCAGCGGACAAACACGCUGGCGGUGCUGCAGGCGUUUGGGCGUGCGAUCCCUGAGCUUGAGAAGAAGUGGACGGGCAACGACUUCUGCUCGUGGGACCACGUAGCGUGCGUGUCAGUCAACGUCUUCGUAGGUCUCGAUGUUUCGACGUAUGCCGGCACGCUGCCGGAGAUGCCUGUGGGCGUCAAAUACAGGCACGUCAUGAUCCGGGACCUGGGGUUCUGGAAUAUGCCACUGCUGAGCGGGACGCUGCCGGACAGCUGGAGCCAACUGGAAAGACUGAUCUCCCUUACGUUGUCGGGCUGCGGCGUGAGCGGUACACUGCCCGCCUCAUGGGGCUCGAUGGUUCGUUUACGUGCCUUGACUGUGGGAAAUUGCAGGCACCUCACCGGCAGCCUGCCUUCUGAGUGGAGCUGGCUGCCUAAUUUACAGACUCUGGUGCUGAGGCAACUGCAGCUGAGCGGUACGCUGCCGGCUGAGUGGAGUCGGAUGAAGUUCGUAACUACGCUGGAGAUCGCUGCAGCUGGCAGCUUCACCGGCACGCUGCCGACUGAGUGGGGCUCGAUGAAAGCGCUGACGAAUCUGUAUCUGACCGAUUUGCCGAUUGGUGGCAGUCUGCCACCCGAGUGGGGCUCGAUGGUGAGGAUAAGAAGGCUGAAGAUCUGGGAAUUGCCGUUGGCCGGCCCCCUUCCUCCUCAAUGGGGCUCGAUAGCGGGGCUGGAGACUCUUUCUCUGCGGGACACAAACAUCUCCGGCACGCUGCCGCCCGAAUGGAGCUCGAUGACGUUUCUAACCAAUCUUGAUCUGCGGGGCGCAAGCAUCUCCGGCAGUCUGCCGCCCCAGUGGGGCUCAUUGGCAUUCCUGAGAGGUCUUGAUCUGCGGGGCACGAAGGUCUCCGGCACGCUGCCCCCGGGAUGGAGUGGGAUGUCAUGGAUGACCCUUCUCUAUCUGGAGCUCACUCAGGUCUCCGGUACGCUGCCGCCCCAGUGGAGCUCGAUGACACGGCUUAGAGAUCUUAAUCUUCAGGGUACUCAGGUCUCCGGCAGUCUACCGCCCCAGUGGAGCUCACUGAAAGUGCUUAACUUUCUCGAUCUGGAGGGUACUCAGGUCUCCGGCAGUCUGCCGCCCGAGUGGAGCACGAUGUUGGGUGCCGAGUUCCUGCAGCUGGAGCACUGCGACCUGUCCGGCAGUCUGCCGCCCGAGUGGUCUGCGAUGCCAAGGCUGCGUCUUGUCGGACUGAGGGGCAACCACUUCUGCGGGUGUGUGCCGGAGUCGUGGGCCAAGAAUGCUGAUCUCCUUGUAAGAAUCGAGGACGAGCACAAGGGCAGGGACUGCAGGCUCGGUAACGACUGCCGCACGACUGAACCCACCACCACUGCUACCCCAACAAACACGCCUACUCCUGCGCCCGCUCCUUAG